AUGAAUAAAAUAUUAACGAUAAGCUUAAUAUUAUCAAUAGCCUUGUCAUAAAUGACCUUUGAAAUGUAAAACAUAGGAGUCGAUUUGGAUCAAUACAAUAUUUUAAUUGAAAAUUUGCCUAUUACAGGAUUUUGUUUCUUGAAUAUAAAUUUGACUGAGCAAGAUGAAGAUUUCCCAAUUGACGAAGCAGAUGGAUUUUAAUUAAAUUUCAUAUAGGGCUAUUAAGGACUCUAAACAAAUUAUUUGAUGCCUGGAUUGUAUUCUUAUGAAUAUAGUUCUUGCCCAAACAAAAUAGAAAUUGAAAUUGGUCCUAUAAAGACCUUUCAUUUGAAAGCUAAUAUUCUUGUAAAAGUUUAGUUUGAGAGUACUACUGAAUAAAAUACAUAUACAUAAUUAGUUUCUUAUAUCUAAUAUUCCAAUACAAGUAGUAUCUCAUAAAUAAAUUAGAUUUAAAUUUGAUUACUGAUUCUUAGAUUACAAGUUAAGUAUGCAAUUUAAAAAUUACUUAUCAGCCAAUGUUUUACUUAGAUGAAGAUGAUUAAAUUAUUUUUACUUUUCCUUAUAGAGAUGAAUAUGCCAUUGUUCCGAAUUCAGGAUACUUUAAGUAUUAAACACCUGACUGUAAAGUUGAGUAUGAUGGAAUUGUAAAUGAUUCGAUUAUGUGUUAUUUCCUUUAGAAUUAGCUUAAAAUAACCAAAAUUAGUUCUUAAUCUCUUUUAACAAUAAUAGUUUAAGGCUUUAUAAAUUCAUAAAACUUAAAAGAGAUAACAAAUAUUUAGUUUGAGUUAAAAAGAUUUAUAACAUCAAAAUAUUACUUGCUUGAAAGCUCUGUUUUAAACUAUUAAAUUACUUAAAUAAACUAAGAAAUUAAUUUAAUACAAUUUUAAAGUGAUGAUCACAUUAAUUCUUAAAAUAAACUUUAAAUCUAAGUAAAAUAUUAGGAUUUUUUAUAUAUUGAUUCAAUUAUGAUAAUUACAUUUCCAAAUGAUUUCUUCAACAAUUAACCAACUAUAACAUUAAGCGAGAAUAUGAAUUAAAAUUUUAUCUCAAAUUUUGUUGAUUAAACUAUGACUUUAUCAAAUUUCAUUAAGAAUGAAGGGAAGUAAUCUAUUAUAAUACUAUCUAUGUAAAUUUAGAAUCCUCUUAUUUAAAAAUUAUACAGUGGUUUAAAAGUUAAGUUAAUGUGGUAAAAUUAAGGUAUUGCUGAAUCUAUACCUUAAAAUAUUUUAUUAAGACCAUUAUCCUUCAAAUUAUUUAAUAUGGAUAAUUAUAAUAAAAAUCUAAUAGAAUAAACAAAAUAUUGUUUCACAAUUGAGUUUUAUAAGAACUUUUAUCAAAAUUCUUAUGUAGAGAUUCAAUUUAUUUCUAAAAUAUCUUUUGAUUCUAUUUUGAGUAUUACAGAUUCAUAAAAUAUUAAUUCUAAUGCAUAAAUAGAAAUGGAGGUUUAAAAAGUUAAAAUAAAAAAUAUGUUUAUAAAUUCUGAAUUUGAUAAAGAAGUCUACUUUUGUUUAAAUGGAAUUUAUAAUCCAUCUCAUAUAGAUAUGGAAAAUGAGAGUUAUACUUUCAAAAUAAUGUUUGACAAUUAUCCAUAGGUUGUUAAUGAUCACAAAUUAUAUAUAAAUCUAUAGCAUGGUUAUUUGGAAUUAUAAUCUUUGACAUAAUCUUAAGAAUUAACAAAUCAAAAAGAAAACUCUAUAAAUUUAAGCUUUAAAACUUAAACUGGAUUAUUGGAAAAUGAUUUAAUUUUCUUUUAUUUUGAUGUUAAUAAUUAUUUUUUGGAUAACCUUUUAAGUGAUAACAAUGAAAUAAAAUGUGAAAUUAAUCAAUAAUAAACUUUCUGUUCCCUUUUUGAAAAUUCAAUUAAGAUAUAAACUUGUACUAUUCAUGAUGCAAAAUCUUAAAUCAAUAUAAAAAUAAAUAAUUUUAUCUCUAAUAGAUCUCUUAAUCCAAUUAAUAAUAUCAACAUCAAAACUUUUCAUUAAAUUUAUCCAAUUGAUAUUCUACCUUAUGUUCCAAAUUUAAGUAUAUCAAAACCAAAUUAAUUAUCUUAUUUUUUUGUUGAAGAAACUAAAAAUGCAGAAAAAACAUAAAAUUCAUUUUAAAUAUAUAUGCAAUUUAAAAUCCUUCUUAAAGAUACAGACUCUAUUAUAAUUUCUCUUCCUUCAAAAAUCAAUUGUGUUAAUUGCAUUUGUUAAUUUCAUGAUUGUUAAAUUAGUAAUUAAAAAAUUACUCUAACAAACUUGUACGAUAUUAAUUAAAUUGACUAAAUUUAGAUUUUUUAUAUUUAAUACUCAGAUACAUAGACAUAACAAUCUUAAACAUAAAUUCAAGUUAAAGAUUAAUUAGGAUAUUUAAUAUUUGAAGAUUAAUCUCAGAUUAUUACCUAAAUUAAUUAGUUUAAAGAUUUUAAAAUAAGUCCUGUAAAUGAUUUUAUUGGAAUUCAUUCUACUUAUAAUUUGCAAUUUAUAUCAAGCAUUAAUUUUAAUAAAAAUGAUAAUGUUAUUUUAGAAUUUGACCCAGAUUUUAACAUAAAUUCAAUUCAAUGUCUUGAAAAUGCUUAAUGUCAUUAAAAUUAGAAUUAAAUUAAUAUAAAUUUCUCUUACUAAAUUUAGAAAAACCACAAUAAUAGUUUAAUGAUAUAAUCUAUCAUUAAUCCAAACUCAAUAAAUUCAAUCUAUUAUUAUACUCUAUCUUAAUAUAGUGAAAACAAUCAAUUAAUUUAACAAAGUUUUAUAAAAUCAAAUUAUUUUAAAUGUUAAUUUGAAAAUUGCAUAGUUUGUUAUUCUGAUUAUUGUUAAUAGUGUUAAUAAGGUUAUUUAAAGAUAUCUGGGAAAUGCUUAUAUGAUUGUCCAUAAGGAUAUAUAAUUAUUAAUGAAAGUUGUAAAAAAUGUGAAACAACAAAUUAUUGCUUAACUUGUUCAUCAAAUAACCUUGAAUAAUGUUUAUAGUGCUUAGAUGGUUAUUUUCUAGAAAACAAUUUGUGUAUUAAAAAAGAAAUAAUAUAAAUAAAUAAUACAAAUACAACAUCUCCUAAUUAAAAUAAUAGUUCAUAAAAUUCUAAUUCUUAGAAUAAUUCUAAUGUUUAUACUAAAAAUAAAUUAGUAGAUAACAAUAAUAAAAAUUAAUAUUAUUUGGGUAUACUUAAUUAUCUAGAAGCAGGAUGCUUUUGCACAUUAAUUCUAUAUAAAUUAACAAAUAAUAAUUUUUAGAUGUUUUUGACAUCAUCCAUAAUCUUGGGAUUUUCAAUUCCUAUUUUUAGAGUAUUUUCAUUAGUUUUUUUUACUAUAGAAGAAUAAUACAUAUUUUCAUCAUUUACAUUAAUUUUACUUUUGUUAAGCUAACUAUAAAGUUUUCAUUUUCAAGCUUAGGUUGAGAUUCCUUUAUUAACAGAUGUCCAAUAUAAACACAAUGUUUAAAAAUAAAAUUACUUUUAUCUUAAUGAUUUAUUGUUUAAAUUCUUAGAUUUUAGAAUAAUUUGUAUACUUAAAAGUAAAUUAGCAAAAUCAAAUUUAUUUAAUUUUUCAUUUAAAUAUAAUGAAGAAAUUAACAUUGCUCUUAUUAUGAAUUACAAGCGUUUAAUCAUAUUAUAAAAUCCUUUAUAAAUUACAUUGCUUUUAACGGCCAUUAUUAUAAAUAACACUAAUAAGUAAAAUUUAUUUUUAAUUAUUUAGCUAUUAAUUUGAAUUUUUGAUAUAUUCUUCAAUUGAAUGGCUAGCCAACACUAUUAUAUUUUAUUAAUUAAAGAAAAAUAAAUUCUGA